GUGACUGCGAAUGUUUCAGAAGUUUCAUUUAGUCCAAUUAGAAGAUAUCGGUGGACGGUCGUGUGAUCAUGACCACGAAGGAAGAUGUAACAACCUUCGAGGCAGCUUUGGAGAGAACGGGAAAUGGACUUUAUAACAUUCUGCUCGUGGCUACCUGUGGGCUGAUACUCCUUGGUAUCGGUGCUGAUCUGUUUGGGUUUAGUCUCGUGGUAGCUGCCGCCUGCGACCUUAAUUUAUCAGUCAGUCAGAAAGGCAUACUCACUUCUUUGCCCUUUAUUGGCAUUCUUCUCGUAUCAUACCCAUGGGGCUACGUGGCAGACACGCGUGGACGCCGGUUUGUGCUCAUAGUGUCUGUCUUGACGGCAUUUGUUUUGUCCUGCGUCGCUAGUCUUGCCACUAAUUGGAUACUACUAGGCCUUAUCAAGUUCGUGUCUGUCUGCUUCUCCUGUGCGGCAAACUCAGCAACGUACACACUGGUGGGGGAAUCAUGCGUUGCACGCGUUCGUAGCAAGUACAUGCUUAUAAUAACAUGCCUUAUUAUUGUUUCACCAGCAGUCGCAGCAAUACUUACAUAUCCAACACUACUGCUCUCGUUCAAGUGGAACAUACCAUUAUUGGGAAUUACAUUCACACCUUGGCGAUUUUUAAACAUCGUUCUGGCAAUACCAGCUGGAUUGGGAGGGGUGGCCAUCUGCUUCUUUAACGAAUCACCAAAAUUCCUUGCAAAUUGUGGCCGGAAAGAGGAGGCAGUUUCUGUAUUGAAAUCGAUUUAUAGAAUAAAUCACGGAAAGAAUACACAUGAUUUGCAGCUAUCAACCUUAGUGAUAGAAGAUGUCGCCUCAAAAACGGAUAAGUCUCUCUUCCGCGCCAUGCAAGAGCAAAGCUCCCCUCUCUUCAAGCCGCCUCUUCUUUUGCGGACCGUGCAACUCUACUUCAUUGUCUUCGUCGUGUACAUGACUAACAAUAGUUUCCUCGUAUGGCUCCCUUACAUCUUGAACCUUGUGAGAGCUUCCUUGGAAAAGACCACCGAUUUUAACAAUCUCUGUGAGCUGAUUUCAACACAUUCCAGCAAUCAAACAUAUAUUCAUGAUAACUCGACUGAGGGUCCACCCUGCCUUGGCCACAUAGAGGAGAACAUAAUCUUCACCCUCGUCAUCUCACAGUUCACUUUCUCGUUCCUGAACUUCGUGAUAUCCUACCUGAUGAAAUGGAGACGGCUGGUUCUCCUAAGUAUCUUAAGCCUCUCAACCCUAAGUGGAUUGCUGAUCAGUUUUAUGCCAGAACCAAUAUCUAGUGUAGUAUUAUUUAUGAUGUUCACAUGUACCAAUUUGGGUAUGGGCAUAUUGGCAUCGUACUUCGUGGAUUUGUACCCUACGUCUUGUAGGGGAAUGGCCACCUGCCUCAGUAUAAUGGUUGGAAGAACCAGCAGUUUUAUUGGGAUAAAUAUCGUUGGGAACACAAUUUUUACACAUUGUGAAGUAACUUUCUACCUCUGGGCUCUAUUGGUCUUAAGUAGUGUGCUCGUAGCUUGGUUUCUUCCGCCAGACAAAGUCAAAGAAAUUCCUAGUUAAUAUUUUAAUUGUAUAAUAUUUUUAAGUAGACAUAUUUUAUAACUUGAACAAAUUUGUGUACUUUUUGACUUUUUUAUCCGAUAGAAUUUUGUGUUGAGGUAAGGAAGCGGUCUUUCUAAAUGAAAAGAGACUCACGUUAAUAUUUACCCAACAAGUUGCAAGAGGCCAAUUAAAUGCUAUUGAAAAAACUGUCGCUUGCAUAUUAUGUGAUAAUGUCGGCACGCAGGCAACCUGCAACGUUCCCACUAACUCUUUUUUGAGCGUCUCGAAGCUCGAUUACUUAAAUAAAAUUAAGUAAUCUCACUUAUCAUUUAAGUAUGCUAAUUAUAAAGUAACUUUGGUCUAUCAUAAUUCAGAUCUAGUUAAUUUACUAUCUGUGAUUUAUUGUUAAAAGUAAGCUAAUAUUAAUAUUUGUUUAUAAAUGUAAUUGAUGUUAAAUUCAAAUUACCUAAACCAAAUAAAUUUAAAUAAUCUAUUGUUAAUAUUAUCGAAAAGAAUUAUAUUUUGUUGUCCAUAUUGAGCAAAUGAAUAUUAUCUGUACCAAAUUAUUUAUAGGAAUUAAAACACAUAUGAAAUAAAGCGUAUAUUUAAAUUAUAAAUGCUUAAGUAUUACAUACUUAAAUAUUACACCUAUCACAGUUACCUAUAACUAAAACAUAUUUUAAUUAGUUUUAAGAGAUCUUUGCUCUGUUUAGCAUUAUUGUAUGUUAACACCUUUGUAAAAUAUAUAUAAGAUACUUAAAUUGACAGUAAUAAAAAUGAAUAAAUGUUUUACGUAGUUUUAAAUCCUGAAAGUGGAUAGAAACGAUUAUUACCUUUGGAAACAAUUUUAUAAUCAGUGAAAA